AUGGCCGCCGACUUUGAAGCUGUCCUAAAGGCCAAAUAUCCCGCCAAGGCGCACGCAAAGCGCGUCGUUGACCUGAUCCGCAAGACCGUCCCUGAUGCCAAUGGCGUCAUCUACUUGGAAGCUCGCAUGACCAAGAUGCAGGAGGACAAUGAUUCCCCCGAGCACUUUCGUCAACGCCGAUACUUCUACUACCUCACUGGCUGCAACGCGGCCGACUGCUACUACGCCUAUGAUAUCCAGUCCAGCAAGUCGAUCCUCUUCAUCCCCCCCAUCGAUCCCGACGAAGUCGUCUGGUCCGGACUCCCGCUCACCAUCGACGACGCCUUGAAUCAAUUCGACGUCGAUGAGGUGAGACUCAGCAACGAGGUCAACGCCACCCUUGCCCACCUGGCCAAACAGAACCCCGACUCGACCGUCUUCACCAUUGCCAACCAGGUUUCCGAUCAUGUCACCUUUCUCGAGUUUGCCAGCAAGGACUUUGAGACGGUCAAGCCCGCCAUCGAGGCGUCGCGCGUCUUCAAAGACGAGUACGAGGUCGCCAUGAUCCGAAAAGCCAACCACAUUGCCAGCCACGCCCACCGGGCAGUCAUUGACCGUGCCAAGGUUGCUGCCACCGAACAGGAGCUGUAUGCCACUUUUCUGGAGCGUUGCGUCUCCCGCAGCGCCCCCGAGAUGCCAUAUCACCCCAUCGUGGCCUCUGGCAGGGCCGCCGCCACUCUCCACUACACUGAUAACAAUGCCCCGUUGAGCGGCAAACUGAACCUGCUAAUCGAUGCUGGCUGCGAGUGGAACAAUUAUGCCUCGGACAUUACGAGAACCUUUCCUCUCUCGGGCAAGUUCACCAAGGAGUCGAGAGACAUUUACCAAAUCGUCCUGAGGAUGCAGAGAGAGACGACUGAGCUUAUCAAGGGCGGCGUCAUCUGGGACCAUCUCCACCUCCGUGCGCACCAGAUUGCCAUCGAGGGCUUGCUGGCUCUCGGCAUUCUCAAAGGCGACGCGCAAGAAAUCCUCGACGCCCGGACAAGCGUUGCCUUUUUCCCCCACGGCCUGGGGCACUACCUGGGCAUGGACACUCACGACACUGGCGGCAAUGCCAAUCCCAAAGACAAGGACAAAAUGUUCCGCUACCUCAGAUUGCGCGGCCACGUUCCUGCUGGGGCUGUUGUCACUGUAGAGCCGGGCAUUUAUUUUUGCCGCUUCAUCAUCAAGCCGUAUCUCGACGAUGCCCCCCACAGCAAAUACAUUGAUGCCAAUGUGCUCGAAAAGUACUGGGAUGUCGGCGGUGUUCGACUCGAGGACAACGUCUACGUGACAGAGAAAGGGUGCCAAAACUUGACGACGGCGAUCAAAGAGAUCAGCGAGGUGGAGGCAGCGGCAGCUCGAUCAUAA